AUGUCGGACGCAGCUCGAUGGAAGGCCACAGUCCAUGUGGGCGGCCUGUCUCAAAUGGCAACUCAGAGUCAUGUUCUAGACGCCUUUAUCCCAUUCGGUGAGAUUGUCGAGGUCAAGGUGCCAAAACCUGACGCGCCAAACUCUACAGAAGCCCAUCGAGGCUUCGCAUACGUCGAGUACGAGGAUGCUGCAGAUGCGAAGGAAGCUAUCGAUAAUAUGGAUCAGUCGGAGUUUUUCGGAAAGGUCCUCAAGGUCUCACAAGCCAAGGCGCCCAAGAGCGCAGAUGAUGGACUGGGCAGCAAGACAGCUGUUUGGGAAAAGGAAGGAUGGUUGGCUGAGCAUGCAGCAGACGAUGAGGGAGCAGUGGCAGAUUCCGGUCCUGACCCUAUGCAAGGAUUGGAACAACUCGAUGUUGCAGGACCAAAGCCUGAAUGA